AUGCAAGGAUUAAUAAAAUGAUCUUUAAUUUAUUAGAAAAGUUGGUAGGAUGCUUAAAUUAGUGAUUAAUUUUAGUCCUGGACAGCCACCGUCCCGCAGAUUUUCUGAGGUUAUUCUUUAACACCUGAUUUUGAUCUGCAUGUGAUUAGCAGGCUUUUGCUGAUCUUGAUUACCUGCUGCACAGGUGAUUCAGUCAUUGAAUCAGAUGUGUUUGGGCAGAGAAACAAGUUAAAGAUGCAGGAUAGUGGCCCUCAAGGAUUAGAGUUGGGCACACCUAGCUUAAAUUGGUGAAGAUUAUUAAUCAAGUACCUGUAUAAGUUUUAGAUUUCCUGUGAAAACCCACAAUUUUUUGUCUUUUUAGAUGCAUGAUGGCAAAGCGACCAAAAAGAGUGAAAAUGAAGCCAAAAGAUGAGGCAGUGCAGUUUUUGGCUUUGGGUAAGGACAAGGAUGGAUUUGAUGUGAAAUUCAUCAACUCUUUCAAAGGGCGAGGAGUGUUCAGUACAUGCCACUUUGAGAAAGGAUCAUUUCUUGUAGAAUAUCGAGGCGAAGUCAUAAACAAACUGGAAUAUGAAGACAGGUUAAGGAUUUAUCAUGAUGCAAUGAAGGUCUUCAUGUUUGAGUUUCGUCAUAAUGGAAAACUUAUGUGUGUUGAUGCCUCAAGGGAGGAUGAUUCAUUAGGAAGACUAGUUAAUGAUGAUCAUGUGAGCCCAAACAGCAAAAUGAAGACGAUAACUGUAAAUGGACAACCGCAUCUCUGCUUAUUUGCCAUAAAGGACAUUAAACCAGGGGAGGAGAUAACCUAUGAUUACGGAAAUUCUGACUGGCCCUGGAGAUUAAAGGUUACAAGUCUCACCGAUGCAGCGAAAGCCGAUGAACCACUGGCAUCAAAACAAGACAUCCAGGUUACAAGUCUCUACGAUGCAGCAAAUGCAGAUGAACCUCUGGCAACUCUGUCAUCAAAACAAGACACCCAGGUAAGUAGUUUUCUGCCUUUGUAAUCUUUCUACAUGUUU